GGGAGAGAGCGAAAGAGUUGCUUUUCAGAACAGAGAGUUUGCUUUGUGGCGUGGCCCAUAUACCAGACUUGUCGAACUGUGGCGAGACUGGAACGCAUCAUCCUCGGCUUGUUCAUUCCUUGCACUGGCAACCAUAUAUAUGGGGGCAUCCUUGAGCAGCUCCUCGGUGCUCCCACAACACACACAAGGAGAACUUCUCCCGCAGCAGUGAACCUCGCCGGCCUCCAAAAAACUUCAAAACCAAGAACCGACAACAGAACUGACAACAUAAUGGCGAUCGAUCUUCAGCCAUGGCUGGAUGGCAUUGAUGCCAGCAUGGUAUUCCACCCAGCUAACGCCUUUGUGAUCUCGUGCGGCACCGUGACGCUUGACCUCGGCCGUGGAAAGGUGCUGUUGAUUUGGAACCGGAACCUUUCGAUCUUUCAGCUGCCCAAGGGUCGAAGGAACAUUGACGAGCCCAUGCUCAACGCGGCUCUGCGCGAGACAUACGAAGAGACCGGAGUGCGGGCGACGCCGCUGGAGCUCAACAUUGCUACGAGAGCAACACCGCCUACCGUCGACGAAGGGGCUGAUGGGCCACCACAAAAGAGCCCACAGAUCACCGAAGGACACCUGAGCACCGAGUUUGUCGGUACCUGCCUCUAUCCAGACCCGCAGUCGGACACCAAAGCGCUCAAGGCCGUCUUCUUCUUCGUGGCAACGGCUGACUCGACGGCCACACGAGACAAUGGGACGCAGGAGACAUAUGAAAAGCUCGAGGCUUCAUGGGUUCUCAUCUCGGAGGUGGACCAGAAACUUCGAUUUGCGAGCGAAGUUGCUGUUGUGAAGAAGGCGGUGGCGGAUGUUAGGAAAUCGGGAUAUACCAUCAACAAUGCCUAGUUGAGGUCUGUUGACGUGGUGGAUGUGGGAGAGAGAUUGCACGAGACUGAGAGAAAUGCCGAAGGAAGGCGAAGGAAGGCCAUCCUCCCUUUGUGAGUGAAGGGCCUUCCAGACAUUUAGGUUAUGGAAUAUAUGCGGGGGGAAAACUGCGUGAUCUCCCAGAAAGGCGCAUGGAAAUU